CACAAAGAGAACCCCGUCGGUCCCCUGUCGCGGAACGGAACGGAGCGAGCUCGUCCCUCCCUGGCCCUGCCCCGCGCGCAGCGAUCAACAGGUUCAUCUUUUAAUGUUGAGGAUGUCCUUAGACCUUCUAUGAAAGAGGGUGGGCAUGAAGAUGUCGAACCCAAAGUUGAGCAGCUGAUGAGUAAAGUAAAAAAGCUACAACAAGGUAAGAGAGCUAUAGAGGAGGAGGUGAAAGAGGCCCAGUCACUCAGAGACUCUCUGCAGGAAGAACUCGAUGCCCUACAGACGGAAGCUUACCAACUGGAGGGUGUCCACAAAGAGAAAGAAGAGUCGUACAUGGUGCUGCAGUUCCAGUGUGAAGAGAUGGAACAGGACUCUACCAGGCAGCAGCAGCUUAACAGGAAGAGUGAGGACCUGAUAGAACAGUACAGAUGUCAGAUCCAGGAGACUAAGCUCAAACACAGGAAACACCGGAUGAAGUUUGAAAACCAGCUCCAGCAGCUGAUAGAGCAGCAUAAGAACUUGCACUCUGUCUUUAGCCCAGACAGACUGCCUGCUGAAAUAGAGAGCGUUGAAAACGCCAAGUCUCAGCUGCUGAAGGCUGAACAGCUGAAGUUAUCUCAGCUCUGCCAUCUAGAGGAGGCGCUGGAUGAGGCCAGGAGGCAGACUUCGACUGACACGGCAGACAAACACGCAGACUGAACCCUGGAACUGUACACUGUAAAAAACGACCACUGUGUACAAUUACAGAUAUUACCACGGCUCAUAGUUAGAGAGGGUUCAGUGUGUAGAAGCAAAGUUGUGAAUGUUUUGUGAUUGUUCUUCUGCCCUUGAUAUUGUGUAUUGAGUCCCUCUGUUUGAUAUUGUGGUCCUCUGCUUGAUGCUGUGUAUUGAGGUCCCCUGUUUGAUAUUGGGUAUUGUGUUCCUCUGCUUGAUGUUGUAUAUUGUGUUCCUCUGCUUGAUGUUGUGGUUCUGGAUCAUUUGUACAUCAUUCUUUAUUGAUUAUUUAUUUGCUGCUGAGCAGUUUGCUUUUAAACAGAUUAAAUACAGUUGUCUAUGCUG